AUGGACAACGCAAACAGUGUCAUCAUCAAGGAGACAUGGCAGAGAUAUAAGGACAGCCCAAUGAUGCUAAAUGAUAUAAGUGGUCAAGAUGUAGAGUCAUUGAAGAGUGCUGUUGACGAGUUUUUGUUAGUUCACCUCAAACAAGCUAGCAACCUAGUGUCCUUUAUCAAUGCAUUGCCACUGAUGUCAAUGGCAAUGACCAGUUGCCUUCAGAAAUACAAGGAUAACAUCUACAAGAUGUUUGAACGGAUAAUGAUCUCAGAUGUGCUGCCAUAUACACAUAGCAUUAAUCCAAUAUAUAUUGACUACUCAAUACUUCCAAAAAUGAAAGGUAUCAACAUCACUCUGUUCGACCUGGCAUUGGCCUACAUCAGAGUGUCAAGUAUACCUUCGUUAUUCCAAUACACUUAUUUCUUGGUCAAACCAAGAUUCAUGAGAAUGGUUCAAAACAGCAUCAUUGAUGAUGGACAACAACUACAACAACAACAAAAACAACUUCUGGCGGUAUAUGUCCAACUACUUGUCACCAGAAUUGAUCACAAAGACUACUUCAUCAAUAUAACAGAGGCAUUUGGAAUGGAGCAAGUCGAGAGCGAUCUUGUCCAAUGGUUCCUCUCAGAGAACACUGAACGAACUAUUGAGCACACAAGAAAGUUGAAGUACCUCCAAUGCCUUCCAAACACCUCCUCAUCACAGCUUCUGAUUAAUCACAAACAAGACGUUAUCAAGUUCAUUCAAGGGUGCGGUAUGAUGUAUAUCUCCUUUGAAUUGUCAACUGUGUUUGCCAUCGCUCUUGAAGAUCCCACCAGGCAACAAGCCAACCAAAUCUUGGUAUUGGAUAUGUUUGAAUGGAAGUUGAAGCAUCACAGUCCUACCGAUUCUAAUUCUAAUACCCAAUACUUCAAAUCAUUACUUCCACUUCUACGACUGAUCGAACCAUCUGAUCGCUUUCUCCAACUUUAUAACCAACUCCCAGACGACAUCAAGUGUCAAGCUAUGGACCACCUCGGACCAUCAUUCCAGAGUGUACAGUUUUAUAAAGAUCAUUUGGAGCAAAUAACACUCAAUGCACUCUCGACACAGGACGAUCUCGUCAUCUUAGCUGGUGUUGCCAAACUGUUUGGAUCACUUGGCGAGUGUUUGGAUAUAUGGCUGCCAAUAAUGGAUCGUGUCGAGUCAAUGUCAAUCAAUCCCGCUAUCAUUGUUAGAUCAAAUAUUCUGCGUUCUGAUGCGUUCAACUUUGCCACUGGAUUGCUUGGCCUUGUCAAAGGGAUGGGAACAAUACUCUCAGAUCUACAACGUGACAACUACAUCAAUACGGCAAUACAUUCAUUGGACAACUCUGAAAUUGACUUUAAAAUUCAGGACGAGACACUUUUUAUCAACACCUAUCGUCCAUGGAUCGAGAGAUACAUCGCCAAGUUCAAGGAGGAUAUAUUCACCCAGGAAUUAUCGGUUGUUGGGCCAUUCAAAGUCAUAUUGGUCCGCCAUUCAAUGUUGGACAACCAGCUCAUCAGUCGUAUCAUCAAAAGAUCUCCAACUAAAAAUGGACUGGCAAUAGUUGAUUUCCUCUACUCAUGUCCUGAUCCAAUUGAUGCGUGGACCCAAUGGAUUGACACCCCAACUCAAGAUGAUCUUGGUUAUUUUUCCCAGAAGUGCAAGGUUCCUGCAGUGAUCUUUCGACUACUCAUGUGGCGACACACCCUAAAGAUCCAGUACAAGAUCGAGAGAGGCAGUGUGGAAAAUGAUAUUUCAAAGAGUACAUUGUUGUUCAUGUUGGAGCGAAACGAUGACUUUGAACAAAACAAUCGACUGUACAAUCAGUACAAGAAGGUAUCCAUCGCAAGAAUGUAUUUGGAAGCCAAAUCAUCCAAGUCAUCACCUGUGACAGACUUAUUCUCAUCACUCUCACCAUUGUUGAUCAGACACAUCAUUGAACAUAUCCUGACGAGUCGCAAUGAUACACUUGAGGCCAAAUGGAUGGUAUCACUGUCAACAGUGAGUACUCGAUUCCACCAAGCAGUGUCAUCCAUACUCUCAAACAAUGUUACAUCAGUACUCUACCACUCAAUGAUCAAUCACAUUGGCUCCAAGUACUGCUUGUUAUCCAAACCACCUCUACAUAUACAUGCACUAAACAUCCACUACAUCCCAUUAGAUCAUAUCCAACAAUGUCUUGAGCGACUUGAAUCAUUGGUCAUACCAUUCGAUUUUGAAAAGAUGGAAGGACAAUUUGUCUUUAUCAAGGUCCAUGCGCCCAAUUUGCGACAAGUCCUUCUCAUGGAGACACCUUACAAUGCAAUCAUACACUUUGGCAAUCUGUCCCAACACAGUCAAGAGUUGUAUAGUAUUGUCGAGCUUGAUUAUGGUGGUACUGUGUCCGACUACCAUAGGCAGUGCUUCAAUGAGAUUUUCAGAAUCUAUGUCGAUGAUCAUCCAUCAUUGCAAGGGGUUGAGAUCCACUCAAGCUCUCCUGCAGGUCCGCCCGCACUUCCAAAACAUCAUGAUGGCACUGGCAACAUCACUGGACCAAGUCUGCGAUUCACAUGGGAUCUUGGUUCAGAUGAUAAAAGGUGUUACUCCAGUUACUAUUGCUACGGUGAACACCAACUUAGUGAUCACCUUAAAAAAAUGGACGAGAGUGCACUGGACCACAUCGCAGUCAUCAAUCUGUUUGAACAUCAUCCCACCCAAAGCCUGUGCAAGGCUAGACUGAGAAUGGUGGUCACCGAUUUGGAUUAUAUGUUGCCACUCAUUCCUGCUCCAGGCACUUCCCAAACACUCCAAACACUGGAGGUCUACAUUGAAGCUUGGAAAUCGAUUGCCAAGCAUGAGAUUAAUAAUACCAUACAGGAUAUCAUUGACAUGUUAUUGCUGGCCUGUGCCGACAGACCCAACCUCACAAAGAUCACUGUUGAGAUCCUCGAACCAAGAUUUGUCUACCUCUCCUUCUACAGAUGUUGUCCAAAGUGUCCACUCAUAAUGACUACAGACAAACAAUCGAUGUUGAACAGAAAACUGGCCACUGAUCAUAUUGAAUAA